AUGGAGGCAACCGAUGCGAGUCGACUGUGUCUGACUACGGAUGCCGGCGUGGUUGGGCCCGUGGUUGCUGAGGAGUGCGAGAAUCUCAACCCCGUGGCCUGCGCCGCGCAGGAGCGGAAUGAGUGCGAAGAGGUGGACGGCGAGCGCAGCGGGCGCAUGGCAGAAGGUGUCGACAAGACGAGGGAGUGGAAGAUUGGCGGCGAGUUUGAGUGGAUGGUGAUGCUAAAGUCUGGAGGCACGUGUUCCGGGAUGCUUGUGGACGAGGAGUGGGUGCUUACGGCCGCGCACUGCGUAGCCAACGACGAGGACCGGGCCAACGCCAGGGUGGUCGCCUGA